AUGGUGAUCAAUUUGGUGAAAUGGUUAGUACCUUAUGUGAAGGUCUCGGAUCAACGAAAAAUCGCACUGUUGAAUUUCAUUGAGAAAGAUACACCUGUCUCCAUGAGUUUCCGCAAUUGGGAGUUGUACAAAUAUCCUUUGCUACCGGCAACCACGAAACACGUUUGGACUGUGAAAACGUCCACCCAUUUGGAAAAACCGCGAUUCUUCAUGCUCGGUCUUCAAACGAAUCGAAAAAUCAAAGCCGGCAAAAAUGCCAGUCAUCUUGAUCACUGUAACAUUACUGACGUCAAACUCUCUUUUAAUUCCAAGUAUUAUCCGUACGGUAACCUGAACUUGGACAUGAGUCACAAUCGAUUUGCAUUACUGUACGAGAUGCAUGCAAACUUUCAAGCCACCUAUUACGGCAAAGAACCAGAGCCUCUGUUGACGAAGACCGAGUUUCUACAGUACAAACCUUUGAUUUUCAUCGACUGUUCGAAACAAAACAAGGCUCUGAAAUUUGGGCCAGUAGAUAUUUGUAUUGAAUUUGAGGCUGAAAAUAACUUUCCAGGCGUAUUUUUCACGAUGGAGUUUAUAGUCGAUGUUCAAGGAUUCAGAAGACCGGAUCCUGGUUUAACACCAAAAGAGUUGGCAGUUGUGUCACUCGACGAAGAUUGGAAUUAUUUACUCGCUUAG